GCGGUUUCGCUGGCGUGGCCGCGGACAUGUGCAGGAUGUCCUUCAAGAAGGAAACUCCACUUGCCAACGCCGCCUUCUGGGCAGCAAGGAGAGGCAACCUGGCCCUGCUCAGGCUGUUGCUGAACAGCGGUCGAGUGGAUGUGGACUGCAGGGACAGUCAUGGCACCACGCUCCUCAUGGUCGCCUCCUAUGCCGGUCACAUAGACUGUGUGAGGGAACUGGUUCUGCAAGGAGCAGACAUCAAUCUCCAGAGAGAGUCAGGUACAACUGCCCUGUUCUUUGCUGCCCAGCAAGGACAUAAUGACGUCGUGAGAUUUCUCUUUGAGUUUGGAGCAUCCACUGAAUUUAGGACCAAAGAUGGGGGCACAGCCCUGUUGGCUGCCAGCCAGUAUGGACACAAGCGGGUGGUAGAGACGCUGCUGAAGCAUGGAGCCGACAUCCACGACCAACUCCACGAUGGAGCCACUGCCCUCUUCCUCGCCGCCCAAGGUGGUUACUUGGAUGUGAUUCGACUGUUGUUGUCCUCAGGAGCAAAAGUCAACCAGCCAAGGCAGGACGGGACAGCACCACUGUGGAUCGCGUCGCAGAUGGGCCACAGCGAGGUGGUGAGGGUGAUGCUGUUGCGCGGAGCAGACCGGGAUGCCGCCCGCAAUGAUGGUACAACAGCAUUGCUCAAAGCAGCCAACAAAGGAUAUAAUGAUGUUAUAGAAGAGCUGCUGAAAUUCUCACCUACCCUUGGCAUUUUGAAGAAUGGGACGUCGGCCCUCCAUGCGGCAGUGCUCAGUGGGAAUAUUAAAACAGUCGCGCUGCUCCUGGAAGCAGGGGCAGACCCAGCCCUGAGAAACAAGGCCAAUGAACUUCCAGCAGAACUAACCAAAAAUGAGCACAUACUGCGUCUCCUCCGAAGUAAAGAAGGACAUAGGAAGAGCUAACAUAGUUCCAUAUUCAACUGAAAGAUAGAAACCCUAAUCACAUUGUCCAAAAAGAAAUUGCUUUUCAAAUAGUGUUGGAAAUUCCUUGAAGCAAGGAAAUGCCCAGUAUUGUCCACCCUGGGUCCCUGACCAAGGGAAGCUGGGCUCUGUGGCCCGAGUCAAGAACAGAAAGGCUCAGGGACCCCUUACCCUCACAUGAACUUCUCACGCUGGCCUUUAACCCCACCACUGUGGGACCUGGCAGAUUCGUGGAGUCCACAGAAACUCAUUUUAAACCAUACUAAGUUGGGUCUCUCGGUUAAACUCUUAUUAGAGUUAAACCAUGGAAGAGGUUUAAACAAGAUGACAAAAGCCUUUAAAAGACUGAAAGUCUGAUCUUCAGUGAAUCAAAGCACUUCUGCUUUCGCAUUAAUUGUAAGUGUGCUAAAAGAUAUAGCUCAAUUGUAAGAGUGCUAAAAGAUAUAGCUCCCUCAUAUUUUACACAUAGAUGUAUGUUAUUCCAGUGUAAAAUGUUUUCUUCUACCCAAAGAUUGUAACCAUAUUGAUUUGGAAGCAAUGAUUUAUUAAAUUCAUAUUAAAGAGCCACUUCUGACAUUCCAUGAUGUGAUUUUCCAAGAUGGACUAUUGAACUAUAAAAAAGACAGAUUGUUUAUUUGCGAGGUGAUCCUCAUCUCAUUCCUAACACGUAAAAAAAAAAAAAAAAUCAUUUUUA